AUGAGUAUUUUAGAAGUAGAAGUGAUUGAUGUUGGAAUAAAAUUCACGACAGCCAUGAAAUCCUUUGGCCCAAUGUCGCCACGUGAGCUCCGCGGAGGGGAUGGAGUUUUUACGUGGCGUGCGACACCACAUUUUAAUUGUAUUAAUGAGCCUCGCUGCGCACUGUGGGGCACAAUGCCCAUGCGCACUGUGGGGCCGACCGAGACAUCUUCAUUCAUAUUUACGCACUCUUUGCCUUGCAGCGGUGGAUUUUAA